GAGUGAGCGAGCGAGCGAGCAGCAAGGAAUGGGGGAGUGGUGGGAGAGAGAGGACGCGAAAUAGAGUGAAAGGCUCCACACGGCAGAAUAUAAAUCUGUACGUUAACAGGGCUAAGGCUGGAGGUCUGCUGGUGCUGGUGGCGGUGGCCGUAAAGCAUCAAGAGCUUGUCGUCCCCAUUAACUGAGGAUCCGUGCAAAUGAGGAAGUGUAACCCGUGGAAGCCGUGAACGCCGGUCGAGAAGCACAGUGGUGGGCUGGCUGGAGGUCCCGACCCCCCCGUUUUGGCUUUUCGGGGAGAACAGAGAAGAGCAAAACAGACACAAGAGACAGAGGAAGGUGCCAGCGAGGGGACCAGUGAGCCAUUUCUCUCUUUAUUUUCACCAUUCACAAAAUUAUUGCAUCUCAUUAUCACAGCGAUGUAGAGGCAUUCUCUCCGAUUGGCGGAGGAAGGGUCCCAUUGACUGCUGAGGCUUAGCUCCUCUUUCCAAACGCUAGCCCUUUUCAUUGCAGUUCUUCCCCCGUACCUCGCCUCCGUCCACACGUCUGCUGCUGCUGCUGCUUUCCCAGUUCAUCUCCCUCUCUCUCUUCUUCUUUUUUUGUCCCCGUCUACACCACUCAGGAACCAGGAGGCAUUGCAUUUUGGUAGAAGUGGGUGUUUCUGGAGCUGUCAUUGUGUUUGGUGCCGCUACAAAGGACAGCUGAGCAGGGAGUGAGAGCCACAGCUUUGGCGAUAAUAAAAUAGCAGCCUGAGACAAAAGGGGGGAGAUGGGACCUCGGGAACAGCUGAUCACAACUGAAAGGUGAAUUGGGAUGAAGAGAAAACUGUCACAGAGACUGGCAACCUUUUUAAGAGACCACUUCGACUACUUGAGGAAAUAAAGAUUCAGUGUGCCUACCCAACAGUGCCGGUGGAUUUUCUGCUAUUGCUGUUGCUAAGCAAAGUCUCUAACCUGAAGUUCUUGUGGAGACAGUGCUAAGCAUCACUUUGCAGCCAUGAAAGGAAGCUCAGAGGAAAGCAUUGAAAGUACCAGGCCCUCCAAUCUGCAGGCUUUCGCUAAUAUAUCUACCUUACAUGGCAUGAGUCACAUAUUCGCCUAUGGGCACAUGACAUUCCGUCGAUUUCUUUGGGCUCUCUCCUUCUUGGGUUCACUAGCCUUAUUGAUGCUGGUCUGCAUGGAUCGAGUGUCUUAUUAUCUGGAGUAUCCUCAUGUCACCAAGCUAGACGAGGUGGCGGCUACAAACCUCACCUUCCCAGCAGUCACCUUUUGUAACCUCAACGAGUUCCGUUUCUCUAAAAUCACCAGGAACGACCUCUACCACGUGGGAGAGCUUCUGGCCCUUCUUAACAAAAACUACCAAAUAGCCAAUCCGCACUUGGCCGAGCCAGAGGUUCUGGCCGCCCUUAAGGAUAAGGCAAACUUCCAGAACUUCAAGUCCAAGCUGUUCGACAUGACUGAUUUCUAUAACCGCACAGGCCAUGACAUUAACGAUAUGCUCCUGCAGUGCACCUUUCGAGGACAGGACUGUAACCCAAUGAACUUCUCCACAAUCUACACGCGCUACGGGAAAUGCUACACCUUCAACUCCGGGCUGGACGGCAACCCUUUGCUGACCACGCUGAAAGGUGGAACGGGCAACGGCUUGGAGAUCAUGCUGGACAUUCAGCAGGAUGAAUACCUGCCCGUGUGGGGAGAGACAGAUGAGACGUCCUAUGAGGCUGGCAUAAAGGUGCAGCUUCACACUCAGUCAGAGCCUCCUUUCCUCCAUGAGCUGGGCUUCGGGGUCGCCCCCGGCUUCCAAACCUUUGUUUCCACCCAAGAGCAGAGGCUUCAGUACCUGCCUCCGCCUUGGGGAGAUUGCAAGUCUACCCCCAUAGACUCGGAGUUCUUCUCCACGUACAGCAUCACCGCCUGCCGCAUUGACUGCGAGACCCGGUACCUGCUGGAGAACUGCAACUGCAGAAUGGUCCACAUGCCUGGCAACUCAAAGGUUUGCACACCAGAGCAGUACAAAGAGUGCGCUGACCCCGCCUUAGACUUUUUGGUAGAGAAAGACAACGAUUACUGUGUGUGUCAGACCCCCUGCAACAUGACUCGCUAUGGCAAGGAGCUGUCCAUGGUUAAGAUCCCCAGUAAGGCAUCUGCUAAAUAUCUGGCUAAGAAAUUCAACAAAACUGAGCAAUAUAUUGGAGAAAACAUAUUGGUCCUGGACAUCUUCUUCGAAGCUCUGAAUUAUGAGAAGAUCGAGCAGAAGAAGGCCUAUGAGAUCGCAGGGCUCCUCGGUGACAUUGGAGGUCAGAUGGGGCUGUUUAUCGGAGCCAGUGUUUUAACGAUUUUGGAAAUAUUUGACUACCUAUACGAGGUCUUUAAAGAUAAAGUUCUGAGUUACUUCAUACGCAAGAAGCGUCCGCAGCGUUGUCAGAGCGACAAUCUGGAGUUUCCAGAGAACCCAACCAGCCCUGGUGUCACGCCUAAUCAUGCCCCCAGAGCACCUGUGACACCCUCCGGAGUCACUCGGACAGCCUCGGAUUCACGCCGAACAUGUUACCUCGUCACCCGACUCUAGGCAACUUCGAGGAGUUUGCUUGUUGACAGCAUAAAGCGGGGGCGGAGGGCCGGGUGACACACGCGGGGACUUGACAGCAAACUGUGAAAUAAUUCAUGUAUUUACCAGAAAAAAAGGAGCUGAGUGUGAAACUCAGAAACAUAUAGUUAGAGUUUAUCAAUGCCUGAAUAGAAAUAGAAUACUAUCAUCAGAAAAAGAGACCACUUUCAAAACAGAACUCAGGUUUAACUGCCAUGUCAAGGCAUCAGUGUUAGUUUCUCCAUGUUUCAUUUUGUGCAUUUGGUUUUCGGAUGAGUGUGUAGACUCGGGGAAAAGGGAUUCGGACCUGUGUUCGGGUGGUGCGUACCUCUGCUGUGCUACUUGUGCUUCAAAACAAAGAAACGACCACAAGAGGUGGUGUCGGCGGGCGCGUGUCGCGGUUUGAGUCUUCUGUCUGCAGCCGAGAACUGAGGGACCUUAUACCUGUUGCCAGCUAGAACAGAAGAACCUUUGGGAACUUUAACCAGCUGCUUAUACCUGAAUCAAAACACUGGACUGGUGUUCAUUGUUGCCUUUUGCUACUAUGAGGCUUUGAAACGUCUCAGUUAGAUGACUGUGCUUAUUCAACCUGAAAACGGAGGAGGAACUUGAUAAUUUGUAUAUAUGCAAGUUUUAUUCCACGUGGAUUCCAGGAAGCUGCUUACCGUAGAUGGAUGACCUCAACUGUGGUCACUUUUUACCUACAGACGGGGGCGAGAGGGUCUGUCGAUUGUAUCUUUCUAUCGCUGAGGUUUCGGUUGUCAUUGACGUUUCCCAUGUUGUGGGAUAGCACUGCUGCGCUGACUGUCUGAACCAAGGCAAGCGUUGAGCCCAAAGCUCACACGUCCAUCCAUCACAGAAAGAACCAGGAGCUUUGCAUCGGUUCAAUAACUCUGCAUUUUAAUCAUCCUACGCGAAGGUUUCCAUCAGCACAAUCUCCUGUGAUAGUAGUCUAUUCUCUAUUGAACAUAGUAGAGAGGCCUGACAUUCCUAAACUUGAAAGUAAUUUGUAAAUAUCCACAAUCAGAUGCCAUGAUGAAAUUCUAUACCGCUCAUUGACACAUUUGUCAACUAUAUAACUAUAAAUAUACACAGAUGAUAAAAGUGUUCCUCCGUGUGUUCUUCGGACUUUGUCUGUAGGCGAACCGUCAGUGUCUUUAAGUUAACUACAAGGCGACAGCUGGACUUAGACACAGAGAAUGGCCUCAAAAUGCGCCUCAGCCUCAUUCAGCUCAGUUGAUUUAUAACACAAAUGCAUUGUAAGAUUUUCCAUUGUAUCCUAUUAUUCUAAUUAUUAUUAUUCCAGAAUAUGUAACAAGUCACAAAUAACAGUUUGUGAUGUAUAAAUGAUCAAGUAUAAUAAACUCUAUUAACCAUCGUACUCACGUACACAACUUUCCUUCUUAUCUCCGUGUCAGUCUACUUCCUCUUGUUAAUUACUGUGUUAUGUAAAUCCUUGACACUCCAGUUAUGGACCUGUGGGUAAACUUACAUAUCCUUCACUAUGAAUACUUAGCUAAAAAUACAAAAGCUGUUUUUUAAAUGUGAAACUUUCAAGUAUAUUGCCAAUCGAGUAAGUGGUGUUCAUGACACUGUAGCUUUAUUACUCUGUUGUGUGUAUUAUUAAUUAGAUGACUGUUGAUGUGAAGCACAAACCUUUUGGAGAUCAGCCAUCGCUCGAAAGCCAAUGACGGCCGAAAACAAAAAAAAAAACCCUUCUCACACUGUUACACGUGGUGCGUUCACUGUUCCAGCGUUACCGGGAAGAAGCGUGUAUUCCCUAACAGGAGCCGACCACCAUGUGCAGAGACUUUGUCCAAACGGAAGUUUUACCUUUCAGGAAGAACAUCGAUGAAGCAGUGACGUUGAGUCGUGAGCAAUAAAUGCAUGGAAUCAGAAAACCCUGACACACACACACAAAUGGUUUGCUUUUGGAGUCCCAUUUUCAAUUCACGACACGCAGCGGCUGGAAUCGACGUAGACUGAAGAGCUGCAACGCAGCUGUGUGACGAAACGCUCGCAUUGAAGCCAUCAUCUGCCACACGACGCCGAUGCCAAGUCACGUUACACAAUGAUGCUGCUCUGAAGAUGCUGCAUUGACUCGUGUCACGUUGUUGGGCCACAAAGCGUGGAAGUGACUGCACACUGUGGAGAGGAUUUGUGAAUAUGUCCCGGGUGUUUACCUCCGUCCCCACCCCUGCCUUACUACCAGUCAGAACAGCAGAGUGUAUGUGAACUGGCAGAAACCAUAACACUGAACUGGUCAUCAGCCACACUGCGAUUUCCAUUUACUGCAUAGGAAACCGUGCUCUAUAUCUGUCAGCCCACUAUUUUAUUCUUGCAGGUAAUAUUUUCCAGUACAGCACCAUGUUCUCCCUGCAUGACCACUGUGUAUUAUGACGAUCUCUGGUCUCCUCAUGUAAUAUUAACCACGCUAUUCACUCCUUGGUGUCCAAAAUGUAUUUCUGGAGCCAGAUGAAUCAAAGUAGUGUUCUCUACAUAUUGUGUCUUCACACGACUUUCUCCUUCACCAGGUUUGAGAAGGUGCAGUACUCAGAAUUAACAUAUCAUUUUGAUGUGGGAAUAGCUGGAAUCUCCUUUAUUAUUAUUAUUACUGCAUAACAAAAAUGUGUCCGGUUCUGAAAUACCUGUAUCAAAAUUCCCAUGCACACAUCUGGGAAACUGGACUUGCUUCAUCUGGCUCUACAGGCUUAAUGUGCAUUUUACUGUAGAUAUGUGAUUUUACCUCUGAACUGUACAUUAAAUAGUUAAUACACACUUAA